UGCGGAGCUAUAGGGGUCUGGAGAGGGUAUGGGGUCCCUGGGAUGGACCCUGGAGAUUGGGGGUUAUAGGGGCGGGGCCUGGAGAGGCUAUGGGGUGCCUGGGAUGAAGCCUCGUGUUUGGGGGCGAUGGGGGAAGGGCCUGGAGAGGACAUGGGGUCCCCGGGGUGGAGUCUGGGGACUGGGGAGUUUUAGAAGUUGGGCCUGCAGAGCUAAGGGCGUUGGAGGCUGGACCUGGAGAGUACAUGGGACCCCUACGGUGUAGCCUGAGAAUUUAGGGAGCUGGUGACUGCCCUCAUGUGUGACUUGCGGCGGCCAGCGGCAGGUGGGAUGAUGGACUUGGCCUACGUCUGUGAGUGGGAGAAAUGGUCCAAGAGCAGCCACUGCCCGUCGGUGCCCCUGGCCUGCGCCUGGUCCUGCCGAAAUCUCAUCGCCUUCACCAUGGACCUGCGCAGUGAUGACCAGGACCUGACCCGCAUGAUCCACAUCCUGGACACGGAGCACCCCUGGGACCUGCACUCCAUCCCCUCAGAGCACCACGAGGCCAUCACCUGCCUGGAGUGGGACCAGUCAGGCUCCCGGCUCCUGUCAGCAGACGCCGACGGGCAGAUCAAGUGCUGGAGCAUGGCGGACCACCUGGCUAAUAGCUGGGAGAGCUCGGUGGGCAGCCUAGUGGAGGGGGACCCCAUCGUGGCCCUGUCCUGGCUGCACAACGGUGUGAAGCUGGCCCUGCACGUGGAGAAGUCAGGCGCCUCCAGCUUCGGGGAGAAGUUCUCCCGGGUCAAGUUCUCACCGUCGCUCACGCUGUUCGGCGGCAAGCCCAUGGAGGGCUGGAUCGCGGUGACGGUCAGCGGCCUGGUCACCGUGUCCUUGCUGAAGCCCAGCGGGCAAGUGCUGACGUCCACCGAGAGCCUGUGCCGGCUGCGCGGCCGUGUGGCCCUGGCCGACAUCGCCUUCACGGGCGGCGGCAACAUCGUGGUGGCCACGGCGGACGGCAGCAGCACGUCGCCCGUGCAGUUCUACAAGGUGUGCGUGAGCGUGGUGAGCGAGAAGUGCCGUAUCGACACGGAGAUCCUGCCCUCCCUGUUCAUGCGCUGCACCACCGACCUCAACCGCAAGGACAAGUUCCCCGCCAUCACCCACCUCAAGUUCCUGGCCCGGGACAUGUCGGAGCAGGUGCUUUUGUGCGCAUCCAGCCAGACCAGCAGCAUCGUGGAGUGCUGGUCCCUGCGCAAGGAGGGCCUCCCCGUGAACAACAUCUUCCAGCAGAUCUCCCCCGUGGUUGGCGACAAACAGCCCACGAUUCUCAAAUGGCGGAUCCUGUCGGCCACCAACGAUCUGGACCGUGUGUCGGCCGUGGCACUGCCCAAGCUGCCCAUCUCGCUCACCAACACCGACCUCAAGGUGGCCAGCGACACACAGUUCUACCCUGGCCUCGGGCUGGCCUUGGCCUUCCAUGACGGCAGCGUCCACAUCGUGCACCGGCUCUCACUGCAGACCAUGGCCGUCUUCUACAGCUCCGCGGCCCCGAGGCCCGUGGACGAGCCGGCCGUCAAGCGCCUCCGCAGCGCGGGCCCCGCCGUCCACUUUAAGGCCAUGCAGCUCUCCUGGACCUCCCUGGCUCUGGUGGGCAUUGACAGCCAGGGGAAGCUGAGCAUGCUCCGCCUCUCACCCUCCAUGGGCCACCCGCUGGAGGUAGGGCUGGCGCUGCGGCACCUGCUCUUCCUGCUGGAGUACUGCAUGGUGACUGGUUACGAUUGGUGGGACAUCCUGCUGCACGUGCAGCCCAGCAUGGUGCAGAGCCUGGUGGAGAAGCUGCACGAGGAGUACACGCGCCAGACCGCCGCCCUGCAGCAGGUCCUCUCCACCCGGAUCCUGGCCAUGAAGGCCUCGCUCUGCAAGCUGUCACCUUGCACGGUCACCCGCGUGUGCGACUACCACACCAAGCUCUUCCUCAUCGCCAUCAGCUCCACCCUGAAGUCGCUGCUGCGCCCGCACUUCCUCAACACGCCCGACAAGAGCCCCGGCGACCGGCUGACCGAGAUCUGCGCCAAGAUCACCGACGUCGACAUUGACAAGGUCAUGAUCAACCUCAAGACGGAGGAAUUUGUCCUGGACAUGAACACACUGCAGGCGCUGCAGCAACUCUUGCAGUGGGUGGGCGACUUCGUGCUGUACCUGCUGGCCAGCCUACCCAACCAGCAGGGCUCCCUGCUGAGGCCGGGCCACAGCUUCCUGCGGGACGGCACCUCGCUGGGCAUGCUUCGGGAAUUGAUGGUGGUCAUCCGCAUCUGGGGCCUUCUGAAGCCCAGCUGCCUGCCCGUGUACACGGCCACCUCAGAUACCCAGGACAGCAUGUCCCUGCUCUUCCGCCUGCUCACCAAGCUCUGGAUCUGCUGUCGCGAUGAGGGCCCAGCGAGCGAGCCAGACGAGGCGCUGGUGGACGAGUGCUGCCUGCUGCCCAGCCAGCUGCUUAUCCCCAGCCUGGACUGGCUGCCCGCCAGCGACGGCCUGGUCAGCCGCCUGCAGCCCAAGCAGCCCCUUCGUCUGCAAUUCGGCCGGGCGCCCACACUGCCUGGCAGUGCUGCCACCCUGCAGCUCGACGGCCUCGCCAGGGCCCCAGGCCAGCCCAAGAUCGACCACCUGCGGAGGCUGCACCUUGGCGCCUGCCCCACGGAGGAAUGCAAGGCCUGCACCAGGUGCGGCUGUGUCACCAUGCUCAAGUCGCCCAACAGGACCACGGCGGUGAAGCAGUGGGAGCAGCGCUGGAUCAAGAACUGCCUGUGCGGUGGGCUCUGGUGGCGGGUGCCCCUCAGCUACCCUUGAGCCCCCCGUGAGCCCCCCUGAGCCCGGCUGCUGCGCUGGAUCAACCCUCAGCCGCCCCUGAGCCCGGCUGCCGCGAGAGCCACUGCUUGCCCUGGACGCUCCUCGGCACGGUUAACCUCAGCCCGCCCUGCAGGGCUGUUGAAGGCCGUGGGCCGGACGCCUGCAUGACCAACAGAGCUGCUGAAGAAGUCCCUGCCUUUGUCCAGCUGGGCCCGCGGUCCACACACCGCCCUCCCACGACCCCCAGAUCCCUGGACCAUCCGCAUCCAGAGGACCGUCCAUGACGGCCGGGGGUCCAGGCGGACCUUGCAGUGACCCGGCUCGGGCGUCUGCCUCGGUUUCCUUGCCUCACCCGUAGAAAGCGCUGAACCUGGACAAGCUGUGGCUGGGAAGGGCAGGUCCAAUAAACGCCCUCUGCGCCCAGG